UCGUUUCAUACACGGUAUCUCUCACGGUAUCUCUCAACCAGACGUUUGAUCUCUCUGUCUCUCUCUCUCUCUCUGUGGACAUGGGUUUUUUGAAACCUUUUUCCACCUAUCAACCUUUGUUUUCUCACCUGGGUUUUUCUUCUUUCUUUUCCCCUCACUUUGUCUAUCUGUUUUAGCUAUAACUUUUCAAUUUCUUUAACCACACGGUCAAAACCUCCAAUCCAAGAUUGCUUUGAGUUCCUGUCGGCUUGUGUGUUUUUUCACUUUCCAAUUCAAAUUUUCUCGUCUUGGGUUUAGUCUUUUUAGUCCCUUUCAUCAACUGGGAUUCAUUCUCCUCCUAAUUACAAUUUUUUUUUUUCUAUAUAAUCUGUUUGAUUCCUUAAUAUUCCACUCGGUUUCAUUUAUCCCUUCCCUUGUUUUUGUCUUUUUCAAGCUACUGUGGGCCAUUAAUUCUUUGUGUCUAUCUCAUUUUCUUCUAGUAUAAUACGUAAUUUUUUUCUGGGUUUUCUCCAAAAUUCAAUUUCUGCUUCCUCUUUCUAUUUUUCUUUCUGAUAUGAACGAUAAAGUAGUUUCAUAGAGACAUUUGAAUUGGUGAGAAUUCUGUUUGUUUUUGAGAUUUGAAUAGCGAUGAAGUGCUUUUUUCCAUUCAAGGACAAGUCCAAAGCCAAAAAAGGAGCACAAUCAGCACCAGAGUUGAGAAACAGAUCUCAUAAUCCGGCACUAGACCGUGCAGUGAAAUCUUCGGGUUCAUUACCAUCUCCUCGGAGCAUACCUGAAUUGUACAAAGAAAAAGAGCAGAAUUUUAGAGUUUUCACUUUUGAAGAGCUUAGAGAUGCAACAAAUUGUUUCCACAGGUUGCUGAAGAUUGGGGAAGGAGGUUUUGGGAGUGUAUAUAAAGGUUCAAUCAGGCCUGCUAAUGGUCAUGGUAAUCCUACGGUGGUUGCCAUCAAAAAGUUAAACCAGAAUAGCUUACAGGGUCAUAAAGAAUGGCUUGCAGAAGUACAGUUUCUUGGUGUUGUUAGUCAUCCGAACCUGGUAAAACUUAUAGGAUACUGUUCUGUAGAUGGAGAAAGAGGGAUCCAACGGCUAUUGGUAUACGAAUUCAUGCCUAAUAAAAGCUUAGAACAUCAUCUUUUUAAUAGGGCCUUGCCUGGUCUUCCUUGGCUGACAAGAUUAAAAGUCAUGCUUGAUGCUGCUGAAGGUUUAGCUUAUUUACAUGAGGGAUUGGAAGUCAAGGUGAUAUAUCGAGAUUUCAAAUCCUCAAAUGUAUUACUGGAUGAGAACUUCAAGGCAAAGCUAUCAGACUUUGGGCUUGCUAGAGAAGGACCAGUGGGUGACCGUACUCAUGUAUCCACAGGGGUGGUAGGAACAUAUGGAUAUGCUGCCCCAGAAUAUGUUGAAACCGGCCACCUCACAAUCCAUAGUGACUUAUGGAGUUUCGGUGUGGUGCUGUAUGAGAUCCUCACAGGCCGACGAGUGUUGGAAAGGAACCGUCCAACAGCAGAACAGAAGCUUCUAGAUUGGGUAAAACAAUACCCGGCAGAUGGCAAAAGGUUCAGCAUUAUAAUGGACCCUAGGCUGAGAGGCGAGUUUUCUGCCAUUGCGGCAAGGAAGAUUGCUAAGAUAGCAGAUAGGUGCUUGAACAAGAAUGCAAAAGAUAGACCAACAAUGAAACAAGUUGUAGAGAGCUUGAAGGAAGCAAUACAAGAUUCAAAGCAAGGAACUUCUUCUGCAAAUAGAAGUCCUAGGUCGUCUCGAUCUGAAUUGGUUAAGGGGAAGUCGAAGUAGAGUUUGUAUAAGAAGAGAUUUGUGUUAAGAGAGAGAGAGAGAGAGAGAGAGAGAGAAUCAUAUACUCGGAUAUUAUACAUAAGAGAGUUGGUAUAAGAUUCAGCGGAAAUGUUGGUUCUAUUCAAUUGAGCUGAAAAGUCCUGUCCAUGCUAUUCUCUAUUGUAAAUUUUAACUAAAGCAUAAUCUUCUAUAUCGUAAAAUUCUUGGUUUGGAAGUGGCGGGGAAAAAUGGGAAGUCAAUGGCUUUAAGUAGCUGUGAUGUUGUAGUUUCGUGAGGGUUUUACCUCAUUUAUUUUAUUUUUUACCUCGUUUAUUUUA